AUGCUCCAACAGCUGUCAUGCUGUGCUCUGCAGUUUAGUCAUGUGCUGGUGAUGUCAUCUGUCACAUGUUGUGACAUGGUUGUGACAGUGACAUUUGGUGGAGACAAUAGGGGUCUGAGGGUCCCUGUAACAGCUCUCACAGCACCACAGAACUCGGCAAUGCUGAUAAGUCUUUGUUCUACACUUCAACUCUUAACUUCUACCUACACCACUGCCAUCCUUCAAUUGACUCGGCUUCAAGUUCUGCCCUCAAUCUAUCACACCCUCCCACACGCUCUAUCCCCUCCUGCACCUCCCAGUACCAUCUUGCACCAUCUUGCACCCUCUCAGCACCCAAUAUCUUUGUGGUACCUUCUCACACUCUUUCAGUAA